ACAACUACCAAAAUUGCUCACUUGCGCCAUCAGAACCAUACAUACAUACGUUUCACUUCAUUUUUAAACUUGUGAGUGAAAAUAAUAGGAGAGCCAGAGAUUUUCUAAUCCGUCUUAUGUUCCGCGUAACGAAUCGGUCGAAAAGGAGGAGUUAGAAAUUCCAACAAUGAUAAAAAUAGACAAAGGUAAGAUUUUGGGCGAAGGAGCUUACGGGAUCGUGUUUGAAGGAACUUUCGGGGAGCAACAGGUGGCUGUCAAAAGGAUUCAGACGGCCUACAUCGUAAGCAACGAAAAGGAAGAAGCAGCUUUAAAAAAGCUUGAUCACCCAAAUGUCAUAAAACUUUUUCAUAUUUGUAGCGAUGAAGAAUUUAGGUAUUACGCACUAGAAUUGUGCCAAUCCUCGCUGGAAAAAUUAUUUUUGAAAAAUGAUAGCCCCAAAAAAUAUCGUGGACCAAUGCCCUCGCAAAAGGAAGUCCUCCUUCAGUUGGCCGAAGGACUGGAAUACAUUCACAUAAACGGACUGAUCCAUCGGGAUCUUAAACCAGAAAACGUCCUCAUUUGGGCGGAUUCGACUGGGAAAACAGUCUUGAUGAAAUGGGCCGAUUUCGGACUAAGUAAACCAGUCAACGAAAGAGGAAGUCAUUCCAUCAGUGGAGUUAGUAGGGGAACUGAUAAUUGGUAUGCCCCUGAAAUCCUCAAGAUAAUGGUCGAACAAGAAGAAAAUGAAAACAAGUCGUCCCCACGACAAAGAGGAACCAUCAAAAGCGAUGUCUUUACAGAAGGCCUCAUUUUUGCGUACUAUUUGUUAAAUGGUGUUCAUCCAUUUGGUUCGCGCUUCGAGAGAGUGCCUAACAUAAUUUCAGAUCACCCAGUCCAUGUGUCUAAAAUUCAAGGGCCGAUUCAUGGUUUAAUCAUGGAAAUGUUGAAACAUAAUCCUGAAGAGAGAAUUUCAUCGUCAGAAGUCGUUGAAAAAAUACGGCUGAUGCAAUUUUGAUUUUGAGCCAAAUGAGAGGCCGUACAUGACUGAUGACCGGUUGUGGCACUAACUUGUACCUGCUCCAUAGACGUGCAAUUAAAAGGAAGGUUAACAACUGUGUAUUUUCAUGUGUAUAAAUAAAAGUAUUGGAAAUCGUCA